AGUCGGGAGUCUCGACUAUAGCGUUCUCUGCUGUUUUUCACUUUGAUUCCAAUGUAGUCUCGAUUGAGCCGCUUACAUGUUAGAGUGCGUAGUUCGCACAAACAUUAAAGUAUACAUAGUUUAUUAGUCAACAACAAUGCAAAAAGUAAAUGGCUAUGAUAAAAAUCCCAUUUUCCUAAUAUGGACUACACAAAUAAGUUGACAGUACAAACCAAAGGUGGCAGAAUGCGUAGUUCGUACAAACAUUAAGGUAUACAAAAAAAGUAUAUACAAAUUUAAACUACUCAAAGUAUACAGUUAUGAUGAAGUGUUAUUAGUGAUUUAUUACUAAUUUUACUGUGUGCUCAUUUUGUGUUCGUAAAAUGUCACCAAGUAUAUGCCAUAAUAUAAAGCCAUAAAAGCUUUACAGUCAACAAUUAUAAAUGUGUGAAUAAAAGCUUCAAGUUAAAUAAAGAACAUCUAAACUUGGCGUAGAAAAAAAAGUGGAAAACGCAAAUUAAAUUACUGGCUUUAGAAAAUGUAUGUGAUGAGAAUAUUAAUGUGCAUCUGGACUGUGCCCGCUUUGUUUACUGUUGCUACGUCAAGUAAUGGGACAGAGCAGAUAAAAUUAUUCAGGUCAAACAAUGGUGUUAAGGCAGCUGACUUGGGAGAGGAUGAUGUUGGAUGGACUAACAUUAACGAGGAGGUGGAUGUUGUAACACCAUUGGUCAUUGUACACCUGCAAAAACUUGGAAUCGAACAUUUUCAACUGCCUGAUAUGAAAGAGAGCAUUUCGAUAAAGCCAUUUUUUAUUACGUAUGAUGCUGGACUAUACCUCUCCAAUGGGAUAGUAUAUAAUCUCUCUGGCAUUGCUCGACAUGGGAAUGCAUAUAUGACGUAUCAAGGCAAAUCAUUUUUAAGCCGGUUUUAUAUAAAAAUAAAACAUUUACAGUUUGAAUACGAUUUUUUGUUGAAAGUAAUGGCUAUCGAAGGAUUUGGAAAGAUUAUUGGGUCAUUGGAUAAUACAAUCGUUUACGCUGAGCUAGCUGUAAAUAUUGUCAACUUCAAGCUCAACCUUCACGAUUUUCGUAUAAUGCGAUUCAGUGACAUUCAAGUUCAACUGGACCAAGCUCGACUAAUUAAACAGCUGACUGGCUUUAUUUUAAGCCCAAUCACAAGUCUGUUUAAAGACCGCAUAACAACAUCCAUAGCCGAUGGUCUAAAGGAACAAAUGCAAUCUGUGAUGGAUGAUUUCAAUAAUGAGGACCCCUUACAAUUGCGCGAAUUCACAAAUAAGUUAGUAUCUGGAAUGACAUAAUUUAUAACUAUAUAUAGCCAUAAACUUAAAUAAUAAUUAAACUAUUUUAACGAUUUGGGUUUUUGUAAUAAUAAAUUAAUUUUUAAUAAAUCUUCGAAGUGUUACAGUGAAAA